UACACAAAUCGCUGUCUUCUGAAGUGGCUGAAGCUGUGGGACGUGGUGGUUUUCGGGAAGGAAAAAACGGUGAAGAAAGCGAAGCUGAGCGCGGACGCCCGCCCUCCAUUCAGACAGCCCAAGGAGCAGCAGAACAGAUGGAGAAGUAAGGCACAAUUCACAGAAGAGAUUCUGGAGGCUGAACUGGAUCAACACAAGAGACCCAAAUACAAGGUGGCGCUGCUGUGUGGCCCACCGGGUUUGGGGAAGACCACGCUGGCCCACGUGAUUGCCAAGCAUGCAGGAUACAACGUCGUUGAAAUGAACGCCAGUGAUGACCGCAGCCCGGACAUAUUCAAAACGCGGAUUGAAGCUGCUACUCAGAUGAAGUCUGUGCUGGGGGCCAGUGAGAAGCCCAAUUGCCUGGUCAUUGAUGAGAUAGACGGUGCGCCAACUGCUUCUAUUAACGUGUUGCUAAGCAUCAUCAACCGUAAGGACAUGGAGACCGAGCCGGCAGCUAACCCGGGCGGAGCAGGUGGCAGAAAAAGGAGACGGGAAGGCGGCAUCUUAUUAAGGCCAAUCAUCUGCAUUUGCAAUGACCAGUUAGUAUCUUUCAUUUGGGGCCUUUCACUCUGGGUGAGGAAAUUGAAGAUGGGAUCAGGCGUAAAACCAGAACCAACCAGCAGAGGGUUGCUGGCUGGCUGCUCCGUGGUGCUGGGGCUAGAAUAAAGAAUGGUGGUGGUU